AACAAAUGAAUACAGUGGCCGUCCCGCGUGUCAUCCAAGGCAUCCCCCAACAUAAGCCUACUUUCUUGAAUCAGACAAAAUCUCUGUUCUCUCCUUCUCUCUCUCUCUCUCUGGUGUCUACUCUGAAACAUGUUCAUCUCCAAAUUACAAUUACUAAAAGCUCCGACUCGUAUCAAAGACCUCUGUUUACUCAUCUCCUCUCUCUUCAUCGUCUACCUCCUCCUUCUCCUCCACCAACCCCAAACCCUCCCUCCCCACCACCACCAUCUCCCCACCACCACCACCACUGCCACCGCCACCUCUCCCACCACUCUCCGCCACCUCGUCUUCUCCGUCGCGUCCUCCUCCCGCACCUUCCCCAACCGCCAAUCCUACCUUCGCCUCUGGCACCGCCCCAACUCCACCCGCGUCUUCGUCUUCCUCGACCGCCCCACUUCCAAUUCCUCCGCCGCCGACGACCUCCCCCCAACUGUCGUCUCCGCCGACACCUCCUCCUUCCCCUACUCCUUCCCGCGCGGCAACCCCGCCGCGGUUCGCAUUGCGCGGAUUGUCAAAGAAAUCGUCCUCCGAAACGAAUCCGAUGUUCGCUGGUUCGUCUUCGGGGACGACGACACGCUGUUUUUCGCCGACAAUUUAGUCCGAACUCUGUCGAAAUACGAUCAUAAUCAGUGGUAUUAUGUGGGGAGUAGUUCGGAGAGUUAUCAGCAGAAUGCGCAGGGGACGUUUGAUAUGGCUUACGGGGGUGGAGGGUUCGCGAUAAGCCAGUCGUUGUCUAGGGUUUUAGCAGGGGCUUUGGACUCGUGUCUCGUCAGGUACCCUCAUUUGUAUGGGAGUGAUGCUAGGGUUUACUCUUGCUUGGCUGAACUUGGUGUGGGCUUGACUCGUGAGCCUGGAUUUCAUCAGGUUGAUUUGCGGGGAAAUAUGUUUGGAAUGCUUACAGCACAUCCACUAUCACCUGUGUUAUCCCUUCAUCAUUUAGAUUUUAUGGAGCCAAUCUUUCCUAACUUGUCCAGGACUCAAGCUUUCGAACAUCUCUUCAAAGCUGUGAAUGUGGAUCCCGCCAGAGUUCUGCAGCAAACCGUAUGUUACGACCGUGCAAACUCAUUGACCGUUUCAGUUGCAUGGGGUUAUGCUGUUCAGGUGUUUGAAGGAAAUCAUCUUCUUCCAGAUCUUCUUCCUUUGCAGAGGACUUUUAGAACAUUGAGAAGGAACAAGAGUUUGCUCUCGAGCCUUUAUAUGUUCAAUACAAGAGAGCAAUUUAGUGAUCCAUGCAAAAGACCUGUUGCCUUCUUUCUGAGAAGUGUUGCUUCUGGUUCGAACAAAGUCACGACCGACUAUACCGGGCACAUUGUUGGAAAUUGUUCAAGAACCAGAGCGGUAGAUAAUUUGAAACAGAUCAGAGUGUUCUCAGAAAAGCCAGAUUUUGAUAUUGUAGAGGUAAAGGCUCUCCGUCGUCAAUGCUGUGAUAUUUUACCAUCUUCCAAUAGAUUGAUGGCUAUUAAUAUCAGACAAUGCGGAGUUGAUGAACUGAUUUCUAUGCAGACAUAGAAACUCUUUUGGAACUGCUGCUGUCAAUAUAUAGUUACCCAAUUUUACGUGAAACUUGGAAUUGUAUCCAAUUUAAACCUCUUGAUAGAUAUCUGCUAACACGAAUCACGAGGUAAUUUUUUUAUUACAUCAAAGUUAUGUAGCUUUGUUCUGAUUUUCCAAGAAUAUGCUUGGGGUUGCCCGAAUUAGUAUAUUUUUUUGAAAUACAUUUAUUUAUUUAUUUUGC